AUGCAAACUCGAUACGUCGACCGCCCGAUUCCCCAAAUCUCGCUGCGGGAUUUCGACCAUCGCAUCGACGAGAUAACAGCAGAGCUAAUCCAUGCCGCUGAAAAUGUUGGCUUCUUCACACUGAUCGACCAUGGCAUCCUCGUCCAAGAUAUCGAAGCCAUUUCCGCGACGGCAGAAUGUUUCUUCAAUCUCCCCGACAACGUCAAGGCCACUGUGCCCUGGAACCCGAAUAAUGUUGGAUGGGAGAAGAACUCACAAGUGCGUCCGUCGACAGGCCAGCCCGAUACAAAGGAGUCGUACCAGCUGCAAUUUGGCGAGAACAUGACCGACCUAUGGAUGGGUGAUGAGCACCUCCCGGGGUUCAAAGAGCAGUCGUUGGACUUUAUGCAUCAUGUUCAGGAAGUUUCCGAGCGACUAAUGAGAUGCUUUGCACGGGGCCUUGGAUGUCCAGAAGACCUCUUCAUCAAAUGUCACGACAUCAAACGGCCUAAUGCGCAGACGACGAUGCGCUUACUGCAUUACUUUGCCCUGCCCGAAAAACCCGACGGCAAAACCUACCACCGUGCAGGUGCACAUGCCGACUGGGACUUCCUGACCCUGCUAUUCCAAAGAACCGGGCAGAGUGGUCUGGAGAUCUGCCCCGGCCGCGAAGUAGUGACCGAAUUUGGCAUCGGUGACGAAUGGACCAAGGUUGAGGCAAGAACGGGGGACAUUGUCUGUAACAUUGGAGAUUUGCUCAUGUCGUGGUCAGAUGAUCGCUUUAAGUCAACUUUCCAUCGGGUCAAGGCUCCUUCGGAGGAGGGAGAUUACUAUGGUCAUCGGUUCAGUAUUGCAUAUUUCAACCAGCCGUGCAAGGAUUCGCUCAUCCAGGGACCGUUGAAGAAGUAUCCGUUGGUGACAGGGGAGGAGUUCACGGCCAAUGCGAUGAAGAGGAACUUUGCAGCGUUGCAGGAGAAGCUGAAAGAAUCGGCCUAG